AUGCAUAUAAAUGGUUGUGAGGUCAUUUCUAAUCAUAAAAACCCAAAUUUACAGCAUGUUGUACUAAUAAAUUCUAAUGUAAUACAUUGUAUUUUUAAAGUAUAUACUUUUGGCUAAAUAUCAUUCUGUUUUUACUUGUUUCACAAUUUAGCAUAGCAUAAGUCCUUUUUUACAAUUUUUGUAUUCUUAAAUGAAUAUGAAGAGAAUCGGAAGCGGGUCAGGUGAUGGCAAUGAAUGAUCUAAAUCAAGCAAACGCAAAAUAUUUAAUAUUUUAAACACACAAAAGAUUUCAACCUGCCCUUAAGUAAUUUUGACAAAAAUUUGAUCAUGACAGACUCUGGACAAACUCUGUGACAAUUAAAAAGCUAGAUAUACACACAAAGUGUCUUGGGAUACCUUAUUUAAAACAUGGGAUCAUUAGUUGCUCAUUUGUGUCAUCAAAUGUUUUCAAGUCUGUUUACUAAAAGUUUCAAUACAAGUUAAUAUUGAAUGUGUUGUAUUAAAAUUUAACCUGAUUAUAUCCCAGUAUUGUUCUUUGACCCAUUGUUACACCCAUAGGUGAUCAAACUUCACUCUUUUACGGCUCUGAUGAGGAAGAGACUGAUUUAUUAUUUCUCUUUUCUGUCCUGACUCUGAGUCAUUGACAAAGACUUGGAGAAAGAAGACGAAUGCUUUCAAGCUGGAUUUUGGAGAAACUUGUUUCUGAUUCUUGUGGUUGUUAGCUUUGUUAAACCAUCGUUUAAGAUUUCUACAUUUCUGAAACUAAAACAGUAUGGCUUCGCUAUCUGAAGAUUUUUCUUGUGUGUCGUGACAUCUUCAAGUCUCCUCUUAUUUUAUCUUGUAGUCACAGUGUGUGCAAAAAGUGUCUUCAGCAGUUCUGGAUAAAGAAAAAAAUUCAAGAGUGUCCCGUCUGUAAGAGAAGAUCUUCAAAAGAUGAUCCUCCAAUAAACAGUGAUAAAAAUCCAGUGUAAAAUGUUGCGGAAGGAGAAAAAAGAGAAACGCUCAUCAGGAUCAGAGGAGAUCUGCAGUUUGCACAAAGAGAAACUCCAACUCUUCUGUGUGGAGGACGAACAGCUGGUGUGUUUAGUGUGCAGAGAUGCAAAACAACACAACAAACACAAAUUCAGACCCAUCAGUGAAGCGGUUUCAUCACACAAGGAGGAGCUCAAGACAGCACUGAAGUCCUUGAAAGAAAAACUUAAACACAAUGAAGAUGUUAAAGGGGAGUUAGAGAAAACUGUUCAACACAUCAAGACUCAAGCCAACCACACCGAACAUCAGAUUAUACACCAAUUUGACAAGCUUCAUCAGUUUCUCCGAGAUGAAGAAAAGGCUACAAUCACUGCACUGAGGAAGGAAGAAGAGCAAAAGAAGCAGAUGAUGAAGGUGAAGCUGGAGGAGAUAAACACACACAUCUCAGCUCUUUCACACACGAUCAGAGACACGGAGGAGAUGCUGAAAGCCAAAGACGUCUGCUUUCUGAAGGAGUUUCCAGGCUCAAUGAAAAGAGUUCAGAUCUCACAGCCCAAUCUACAGAUGCCCUCUGGAGCUUUGAUUCAUGUGUCUCAGUUCUUGGGGAACCUGCAGUACAAAGUUUGGAGGAAGAUGCAGGACAUCAUCCAGUACUCUCCUGUGAUUCUGGAUCCAAACACUGCUCAUCCACGUCUCAUAGUGUCUGAUGAUCUGAGCACUGUCAGUUACAGCUGGGACGAACAACCACUUCCUGAUAAUCCGGAGAGAUUCGAUAUCUAUGAGUGUGUUUUGGGUUCAGUGGGGUUUAAAACCGGGAACUGCAGCUGGGAUGUGGAGAUUAGAGGAAGUGAAUGCUGGAGUCUUGGAGUAACUACGGCAUCAAACCAGAGAAAGGGCCGUGAGUUCUGUAACGCCGACGUCUGGAGGGUGACCUACGAUCCGUACAAUCAGCUCGGGUCUGAUACUUCUGUCGAGCAGGAUCUUGAGCGUGUGAGAGUGUAUCUGGAUUAUGAUAGUGGAACAGUGUCUUUCUCUAAUCCCGUAAAUAACAGACUUCUACACACAUUCACAACUACCUUCACAGACACCGUCUUUCCGUUCUUCUGUAAUCUUGAUGAAGUUAAAUCUCUAAAGGUUUUACCAGUUAAACUGUAGUAACACAUAAAAUAAGCCACAGAAAUAAAAUCUGAUAAUUAAACUGUAAAUAUUUCAAUUAAUCUACAACCCCAAAUCAGAAAAAGUUAGAACAGUAUGGAAAACGCAAAUAAAAAAGUAGUGAUUUC